AUGACCAGUUCUACUCCGACUUCCAGCAGUGUUAGCUCGAAUGAUAACGGAAGUGGAAGUUCAACAUUAACUAUCGUCCUUAGUACGGUUUUGAGCGUCGCAGGUGUGGUUUUGAUUGCAGUGGCGGCUUAUUUAUGCACAGGGGAUCGGCGGAGAAGAUUACCAAUGUUUAACAGAGGCAUUACCCCGAUCGGUGACGAUGAGAUAGCAACGUGGAAGUCGAAUCGAUCAGCAGAGAAGGUUAAUAGGUAUACGACUCGGCCGGUUCACUCGCAGAACGGAUCGACAUCAACGUCCACCAGAAGAGCCCCAAGCUUAAUCCAAUAUCAAAACGGCGCUAGGCCGUCUCUCGAAGUAAUAUCACCCAGAUCGUUUAUCGGCGACAAGAAUAGCUUUGACCUACAGCAAAUUCCUGGGGCUGUGUUAGCACGGGCACCGAAUGCACGAUCUGGUCUGACGGACGAGGCGGUUCCCGGAGACGACCCAUUCCUACCAGCCCCGAGACGAUACCCAUCAAGAUUGCAUAAACUACCGCCAAAUUCGCCGGUCAUGAACAGUCGGAAAGAAUCGCGUAGCAACAGUUUAAGAAGUUUUUCUGAACCUUCAUGGCGGGACAGUGCAGUAGAAACAUCGACUCCCAGGGCCUCGAAUGAAGGCUACGCACGAAGCCAUCGUAUCUACUCGAAUUCACCACUUCCGCCGCCGCCGAGAUUAUCUUAUGGCGAAAAUGACCAAUUUACGGGCUUAUCACCGCCUCCGUCACGGCGGAAUGAAAGCACAAUCGGAUUGGCUGUCGGUUGA